CCUGUGGCUGGACGAUAAAUGAAAAUCGGACCAGCAAGCGGAGGCGGCUGUGGUUGUCACGCCGAAAAACUGCUUCCGACUUUGGUUAUUUUUAUUUAUUUAUUUUUUAGGUAUUACGUGCAUGUUUAUUUUAAUUACGCUUCUGCAUCAAAGAACUGAGAUGGCUUGGUUACUGCCAUUCGUGGCUCUUCUCAUACAAGGGGCAGUCCAGUGUAAGCCAACAUCAUGGAGAAACACAGUGGACCCAGAAGUCAACAUGAACAUUAGUGAGCUCGUAUCUUUUUGGGGCUACCCGGCGGAGGAGCACGAGGUGGUCACCGAAGAUGGCUACAUCCUGAGUGUCAACAGGAUCCCCCACGGUGUGAAAAGCAAGCCGGUGGAAGGCCCUCGCCCAGUGGUGUUCCUACAGCAUGGGCUGCUGGCAGCCGGAAGUAACUGGGUGACCAACCAGCCCGAUAACAGCCUGGGCUUCUUCCUUGCCGACGCCGGUUAUGACGUGUGGAUCGGGAACAGUCGCGGGAACACCUGGUCCAGAAGCCACAUCAGACUCAGCCCAGACCUGGACGAGUACUGGAAGUUCAGCUUUGAUGAGAUGGCCAAGAAGGACCUUCCAGCAGUGGUGAAUUUCAUCAUAAAGACCACUGGCCAGGAGCAGAUCUUCUGUGUGAGUCAUUCCCAGGGCACCACCAUUGCCAUCAUUGCAUUUUCCACCAUGCCUGAACUAGCGAGCAGAAUCAAGAUGUUCUUCGCUCUGGCCCCAGUAGCCACAGUGAAAUACGCACAAAGCCCAUUGGUCAAGUUGUCCAUUUUGCCUGAUUUCCUUGUUUGGGACUUUUUCGGAAGGAAGGACUUUCUUCCACAGAAUGAGAUUAUCAAAUGGUUUGCCACCAAGCUGUGUAGCCGGAAACACAUUUCCGCCCUGUGUGGAAAUAUCUUCUUCGUUCUUUGUGGUUUUGAUGAGAAGAACCUGAAUAUGACCCGUAUCCCUGUGUACACCACCCACUGCCCAGCUGGGACGUCUGUACAGAACAUGGUCCACUGGUCGCAGGCUGUGCGUCAUGGGAAGCUGAUGGCCUAUGAUUAUGGGAGAUCUGGAAAUAUGGCUCAUUACAAUCAGACGACCCCACCUCUGUACAACGUCCAGGACUUAAAAGUGCCCACAGCAGUGUGGUACGGAGGCCAGGACAUGCUGGCUGACCCUAAAGACGUGGCCUUGCUACUCCCUCAGAUCCCCAACCUCGUUUACCAGAAGCGAAUCCAGCACUGGGAGCACCUGGACUUCAUCUGGGGUCUGGACGCCCCCCAGGAGAUGUUCGGCGACAUGCUGAAGCUGAUGAGGCAGCAGGCAUGAGCCGCCUGAUUCUGGUCGGCACAGCCGAUCGUGACUAGCGUCUAUUCAAUUCGAUUUUUAUUUUUUCUAAAAUCAAGUUCAGAGUUCAGCCCGAAAGCAGUGCUGUGAAAUGCUGUGCAAUGUGGUUUGGGAAUGCGGCACAGAGUGUGAACUAACAGCAGCGUGCCACCAUACCUGGUGACUGAAGUCGGCCCUCAAACUUUGGUCGCCACAGGAUUUGUGUUUUUUUUUUUUUUUUAAGCUACCAAAGUUUCAUUUCAAUCCCCCUGUUCGCUUUGUUUUCUGACCAAAAACUUGCACGUUAUAAACAAGUUUAGUGGAGCAGUCCCUAGCAGUCACAGAAAGGCGAUUGGAUAUUCAUCUCUUAAGUGGUUUUAACUCCAAUCCACUGGAUUCAUUUCAUGGCAGGAAUAUUUCUUUGUAUCGUUUGACCUUUUAGACCUUUUAUACUAACUGUCAAAUUUUCUUCCGUAAGUGCAUUGUUCUUCAUGCUGUGUUUCCCUCCCCUACUGGGGGGUGUGUGGCUUUUUUCAUUUUCUUUUUUUUUUUUGCAUUUUCACUUUGGUGUUAACACCCUCUCACCGUUUGAAUCAUUACGAUUAACUGGGGGUGACAAUUCAACACAUAAUGUCAUCACUUCACACCCCCAGGGCUGUGGGUGAAAACCAGUCUGCAAUCCUCCCUCCCUCAGCCGAAGUACAUACAGUUCUGCCUUAAGAUCACCUAUGUGCCUGAUAAUGUACGCCCCCUGGUGGACUGACUCCCUACUGGAGGUGUGCCCUGCCUUAUGGUGCUGCAUUGUUACAGUGCAGAUGAUAAAUCACUGGAAAAAUAACAGAUGGAUGUUUAGUCAUUCUAGGACGCAGUGUGGUUGACUAGUAUUUCUCACCAAAGCCUUCUGCCUUGAACAUUAUGGUUUCUGUUUAAUUCAUUUCAUGUAGUUGAGACACAGCAACUGUAAAUAAAACUGACUGAACUGUG